CAUGGAGACGGGGAAGCGGUUCUUUGCAGAGUACCAAGCUGUGUACUCAGUCCUUGGUCUGUGCUUGGCCGUGUUAUGUGCUUCAUGCUCCGGUCAAAGUUAUUCUAUUCCCCUUCAGCAAUCUGGAGACUGCGGAGCCCAGCAUUACUUUCACCAAGGGAGCUUAUCGUGUGAGCCGUGUCCGGAUACUCAAAGGCCCAGCCAGGAUGGUACCUCAUGUGUAUGCCUUUCUGGAUAUAAACUUACAUCUAACAACGUCCAUUUUGGCAACUGUGAGAAAUGCCCCGAGAGUAUGGGUGUCACCACAGAUGGCUGGAAUUGUAUUGCAUGUCCUGGUGGGUUAACCUCCGAAGGGAAAUGCCAAUGUCCUCCUGGAAAAAUUCUAGUGGAAAUGGAUGUGAAUGGCAGCUUACUUCAAGAAGCCUAUUGUGUUGAAUGUGAACCAUCUUUCACAGCUCCUAACAUUUUUGGAAACAGGUGUGAAAGAUGUCAUCAAACACUUAUCAACAGAACUAAAUCAUGCAGCUGUGGCCAACCAAAUAUUAUGACUGGUGGCAUGUGUUUCAGUGAAGUAGCACAUUUUCUGUCCAGGGUUCUUCCCACCAUACGUUAUGGGCAGUUGGGGUUAUCGCUAAGAUCGGAAUGGUUUUCCAUGCACUUACAAGCAGCAGCAGCAGCUUGCCUGCUCUACACCAAUCAAACAGCUUGCCAAGCUCUAGGCAACAUGUGUGUGAUGAACAUGCAUUCGGUAACCUCUCCUACAGCUGAUGCGUGUGGUCUCUUUCGCUACGUGGUUACGAAUACAGCUGGUGUGGGAGCUGUCCAUUCCAUUUCUUUCUGGAGACCAAAUCUUCCAUGGCUUUAUUAUGGCGAUCAGCCAGGCUUAGCAUCUCGAAUCCUUACAGCUUCUCCUUUUCCUACAACCUACAAUUUUAAAGGAGAAAACACAAAAUUACAUUUCCUAGCAGCUCUGUAUGAUUUAAGAGGGAAUUUCUUGAGAUGGCAAAGUUUGAAUGGAGGUCUGUUGCAGCUUUGUCCUGACGUUACAUCCCGAUUGGAUGCUGCAUUUACUUUUGGAACAACUUAUGAACAAAAUUGUGAAAUUUCCCUCUCCAAGAUCUUGAAUGAGUAUGUGGAGCCUGUUUUCUUUGAUGUGUUUCUGACCUACUUCGGAAGUGAUGGAAAACAGAAUCUCUGGGCCAUUCCAAUUUUAAAUUUAAAUCUUCAGUACAAUGAACUUUUUGUAAAUCAGGGAAAUAAUGUCAAUAAUUGGCUUUUGACAAGAAGACUUUUUUUGUAGACACUGUUGGCGGGUAGAGAAAACUCACUUACAAACCUGCCAAGGGUAGUCAGAAUUGCUAGCAAAAUUUCAAUAAGUUUUUACGCACUGUGCACCAAUAAACCACAUCAGUCUUGUGUCCUAGCACUCCACAAAGGAGAAAUCUACCCACCCCUGAUUACAGUGGAAUACUCUGAUGUUCAGGUGUAUAACCCAGAUAGCCAGUCUGUAAAGGUCUCAUUUACAGUCCAUUAUGAAAUGAGGCAAGCAGAUGCACUUAUCCAAACUGAUGUGGCCGUGGGUGUGCUUAGUGCCCUGGCUGUGCUUUGGUCACUUCUGAAAACUGCAGCUUGGAAAAGAAGGAUUGGCAGCCAGUUAAUUGACUUACAUACUGUGAUACACUUCUUGAUAUUUUAUGCUGGGGCCUUGGCCGAUGUUUUCUUCGUUGUGACAGUAGGCACUGGAUUUUACUGGCUCGUCUUAUUCAAGGGACAGCAGUAUGUGUCAGUUCUAUUGCCUCUACCUGUAGAAGAAAAGAACUUUGUUACUUACGUUGGAUGUGCUUUUGCUCUAAAGGGUAUUCAGCUGCUGCAAAUACUCAUCUUACAGAUUUCAGUAGAUAUAUUCUUCAUUGACUGGGAGAGACCAAAAGGCCGAACUAUAAAAUCUGAAGGGGGAACAAAGAGUACCUCAGUACCUGUAAGCAUCUGGAGGACAUACUUUGUGGCCAAUGAAUGGAAUGAAAUUCAGACUGUGCGCAAAAUAAAUCCUCUCUUUCAAGUUCUUGCUGUUUUGUUCUUGUUGGAGAUUGUUGGUUUUAAAAAUUUAGCCUUAAUGGAUUCCUCAUCCAGUCUGUCAAGAAACUUUGAAGAUUACAUAGCUCCAUGGAGUCGCAUUUUGAGAUAUGGAGUGUCUACAUUACUAUGGCUCAGCAUUGGCUUUUUACAAAUCCUCUUCUUCUCUGGCAUUUAUGAAAGAUUUGUGGAAGACAAAAUAAGGCAAUUUGUUGACUUAUGCUCCAUGAGUAAUAUAUCUGUGUUUCUUUUGUCACACAAAUGCUUUGGGUAUUAUAUCCAUGGUCGAUCUGUUCAUGGACAUUCUGAUACUAACAUGGAAGAAAUGAAUGUUAAUUUAAAGAGAGAAGCAGAAAAUAUGUGCAGUCAAAGAGGUCUGCAACCAAAUACAGAUAUUCAGACAUUUCAGAUUUCAAUUUCAAACAGAACAAGAAUGCACUUUGACCGCAUUCAUGACUUUUUGACAAAGAGGAGUGGCCCUUCGAGGUUUCUGCAGACGGUCUCCACCUCUUCUGAGCAAAGUACAAGGGCAUACCAUACAAUGAAUAAAUUCCUAAGUUCCUUUAUUGAUCAUGCUUUUAAAGAUAUGGACUAUUUUGUGAAAAAUAAACUCCUCCUUGAACGAAUUCUUAACAUGGAAUUUAUGGAGCCAAUGGAUAAAAGCAUCUUCUAUAACGAUGAAAGUUACUCAUUCAGCAAUGUCCUCUUCUAUGGGAACGAGUUGACACUCCUAAUCUUUGAUGCCCUUUUUUUUUCUAUUGUUGAUAUAACUUCACAAAAUUUUGUUUUGGCUGCAGUUCUCACAUACCUGCAGCAAGAGUUUUUCCGUAUGCUUCGGAGUGCUGUUGGUCAGAAGAACUUGGCAUCAAAAACUCUAAUAGAUCAAAGAUUUUUGAUUUAAGCACAAGAGAAUUGUCUAAAGGGGAUCAAUGAAAAAAGUGUUUACAACCUUUUGUAAUGUGUAUUGCACAUAAUAAGAAUAUUUUGUAUAAUUACCAGGUACCAUAUUUAUUUUAUGAUGGUUCCCGGAACCAUUAAAAACAGUUCUGUCUGUUAUUCUUCUAAAUGUAAAAAGUGUUAGGUCGGAAGUGUAUGGUAACAGUUCUUACCCCCUUCUUACACACUACAUCGCAAACACACCAAUGUCUCCAUGUACGAAGCAGCAUAAGCUGCUCCGAAGCCCUUGCAGGGCAGGUUCGCACGACCGCUGCUUCUUACACUUUUCACCAUCUCUAAGGUGGCGAAGAGAAAUCACUGAUUGACAGUCCCUUCUCUUGCGUGAUUGGGCAGGCAUUACACACUCAGCGGAGUGUGUAAUGCUGCAUACGGGCCAGUAGACGAACAGAUCAGCUGCCCGUAUGCAGCAAAGGCGUGCAGGCAGCUUCUCAAGUUGAGAAUAUGUCUGCACACCUUUUAAUACAUGGGGGCCACAAAAGCGCCCUUUACCAAGCAGCAUGUAUGAAACAGAAGUUUCUCCUCCUUCAUCAUUGCGCAUGCUUAAUGUGAUGUCACUACAUUUCAAAUCACCAUCACAAAUAUGUUUGGAAUGCGGUGAUCUUACAUAGCGCAUGCGUACUGCACGGGUAGCUUAUUCUGACAAAGGAGAAAUUUGCCAACCUAUGUCUCUGUGACUGCAAGUAAGCAGUCACAGAGGUAGGUUAUUCUGACGGAUGUUCUCAGAGUGUAAAUAGUAAACUUAUAAUAAUGGAAGAGGCAGCUGGAAAUACAUUGUUUGCCUUACAAAACUGAAGAGUGUAAAAAAGUAAGGUUAUAAUGACAGAAGAAUGUAAAAAGAUCAAAAUACAUUUUUAACUCUUCCGUCAUUAUAAGCUACUACCUUUGUGACUGCGGCCGCCUCCUGAACUUCGCAUGUGCAGUCAUCGUGUAACAAUCACAACAUCCGUCACAAUAAGCUACCAUGUAAAUAAGCUAUAUUUUACUAUGAAAAGCAAAAAGUAUAAACUGGGCUUAAAAACAGUAUUUCAUUAUUCUCCCUCUAAU